AUUCUCAACUCUCAUCGAUUGCCAUCAUCAAUCCAGGUGGAUUGACCGACCGUUCAUCAAUAAUCACAUUGGUUACCGAAAAAAAAGAUGGCUUUCUUCAAACAAUUACGUCUUUUAUUAAGGCACAAGAUUCUAUUACGACGUCGACAACCGACAACAUUGAUACUCGAAUUAUUCUGGCCGGCAUUUGUUUUUCUUACAAUAUUGAUUGCACGAUGGCAAUUUCCACCAACAUUUCGUCAAACAUGUUAUUAUAAUGCAAAAGCAUUACCAUCUGCCGGUAUGGUUAAUCUUAUACAAUCAUAUAUUUGUUCAAUGGACAAUCCAUGUUUGAAUCGUGAACAAUAUGAAGAAGUGCCAAAUUAUCCAAAUGCAAGUAUACAUGCAAUAGUUGAUCAAAUAUUACCAUUAUUGACCGAUAAAAAUGUCACGAACGUAAUCAAUGAUCUACCAAAAGGUAUACGUUUAAUUGCUGCCAUAAUCGAUACAUUAUCAAUACCAUCUGUACAACGAUUAUUGGAAGAUGGAUUCCCGUUACGUUCAAUGUUACGGCCAUCCGGUUGGAAAUAUGUACAACAAGAAUUGUAUCGUCUUGAAUCAACAUUAGUGCCAUUCUAUCCGGAUAUGGAUUUAAUUAUUGAACAUUCAUCAUCAUCAUCAUCAUGGGACGAUCAUAAUAAUAAUCAGAGUUUACAAAAGGAUUCAAAAGGUCGAACCUAUGAUAUCCUAGUCAAUGCUCAUCUAAAUUUAAUGCGAUUCGGUAUUCAUUCAGAUGAUAGUGGUAGCCAUCAAUCAUUUCGUUCAUUUCGUGAUGUUAUCUGUGAUCAUAAUGAAUUGGAAAAAUUUCUAAUCAUUCCUAAUCGACGACAAUCAUCCGAUGAUGAUAUACGUUUUCUAUCUCGACAUUUAUGUCUACUUGAACGUAAAGAUCUUUAUUAUCUAUUCGAUCUUGUACAGGAAAAUAUCGAUUUUGGUAACAUUCUACAGCAAUUAUCAUUGGUUUUUCAUUCAGUCGGACUUGAUGAACAUCAACAACAUCUUAAUAAUAUUCGUUCAAUGAUUACAACCAUUGAUCGAGCAAAUAUUUUUCCAUCUAUGACUGCUUUACGUAAUACAUCAUGGCUUUAUGAUCUUCCUAGCCUAUUCGACGUGCUUCGAUCUGGUGAAAUAGAUGUUCAUACAUUGUUGAAAAUCAUCAAUGAUAUUGAACCAAUUUUUGGUGGCAACAAUUCUGAUGAUGAAAAUGAACAGCUCACAAAUCAGCGACAACGUCAACGUAUUGAAUACCUAAUGCGUCUUUACGAUUCUGAUGAUUCGACAUUGAAAACAAUCGCACAUUCCGCUCUUGGUUCAAUUUCGACAGAUGAUGAAACCAUUGAUUCGGUUGAUGAAGAUUAUCCGUUCGAUGGUGAAGACGAAUUAUUUUCCUCGACAAAUGAUACCGAUAUUCGAGCAGAACAUAAAGAGAUGACUAUUCUGCAUAGUAUUGAUGAUUUGGAUACAAGUGAAACGGCUAAUGUCAAUCUUUUAUCUAUUGCAGCUACAAAUUAUCCAACCGAUAGCAUAGGUCGACGUUUCUUACCCAAACUUUUGGCCAACAUGGACAAAUUCAUUGAUGGAGCCGAAAAAUUUACACGUACACCACAAUGGAAUUCAUUGCUUAACGCAUUUCAAGGCCUACAAAUGAUGCUCGAAAUGACCGAUUCAAAUGGACAACAACAAUUCUCAUCUACCAAUAUCGAACAAUUUAUCAUCAAUUUCCCGAAAAACAUACAAGCAUUGACAAAUUUUUUCAAUUCAAUUGUACCGGAAAAAUUUCAACCACUUGUAUUGCCAUUGUUUAAUCUCAUACAACGAAUUACCGAUUCAAUGUUACAACAUUUAAGCGGUGCAUUCACUCGUGCUUUGAAUGAGGAUAAAAUCUAUUAUUUUGACAAAUUGGUUCAAUUGUUGAUCGCAUCAAUGAAUAAUGGAACAUUACCAAGGAAAUGUUUCGAUAUGCAACGUGCAAUGUGUGAUUUUGAUCAAUUUCAAUCAGUUUUUGUACAUAAUGUUGAUGAUGAAACCGGUGAAGUAACUGUAAUGGUCGACGAAGAUAUUGGUACAUUGCAAGGUAUUCAAGAAUUGGGUUGUAUAUUUUUUGGCCAAAAUUAUCUAAAACAAAAUGUGGAAGAAUCAACACCAAUUUUAGCCAAACUUUAUUAUACAUUGUCUGCAUUGAAUGAUACGAAUCAAUUAUCAUCAUCUUUAGCUGCAUUGGGUAAUUCUACUGGUAAAUCUAGCAAUGAUGAUGAUGCCGUUUUUUGGAAUAAUUUUACAACCAGAAUGCUUGAAGUAUAUCUAUUGGCCACUAAAUCUGUGAAUGCAAAUGCCUGGUCAGCAAUGAUGGGACAAAUGUCAUAUGUUUGGAAACGUAAUCGUCUAUUUGAUCGAAUUAUUCUUGCAUCUCGUGUUUUGCAAUUGACAGCCAAUUGUUUUACACCUGAACGUAUUAUGAAUUCACCAAUAUGGUUCCAUAUUCAACGUAAAAAUAUAAUUAUUAAUGAGAUUGUGAAUUUGGUUAUGGAUGAAAUCAAUCAGGCUGUCGAAAAUGAAGCACUACGUGUUCAACAAUUAUCAAUGGGUUCACCAACGUUGCACGAUUUUCUUCAUAAAAAUCUUCAUCUUUUACCCGUUUUGAUGGACUCGGUGUUCGAUACAUUGUUUCUUAAUCUGCCACGUUUCGUCGAACAUAUGUUUCAAUCAUCGAAUACAUUUAUGGCCAAUUGGCCAUGUAAUCGAUUCAGUCUUGUCGAUCUAUUAGCCAUUCAAAAUGAACAACAUCGUGCUGAAAUUUAUGCAGUCGAAGAUUUUCUAUGCCGUCAAUAUCACAUGAAUGAAGGUGAUUAUGGCCGUAUUAUAGAUGAAUUAGUUGCUCCUGCUAACAAUCAAUCACGUGGUGCACCAUUAAUUCGUGUUCUGCAGAACAAAUCAAAUAAUCUGAGUAUGAUUUAUGAACAUGUACCACCAUUGGAUUGGGUUGAAGCUGCUCACAGUGUAUCGAUGAUUAAAGAAUCUGCGGAAAAAUUAAUUUUUGCCGAUAAUAAUUGGAUUUGGUUUCCCGAGGUUGAUGAACUUGAUUCAUCGAUUCGUAAUUCAUUUGGUCGUGCACAUAUUGUAUUUCAACAAUUCUAUAGCCAAGGAAUGGCCGGUCUAUUCACCUAUGUUGGUGAUAUAAUCACACCAUUUGCUAUACGUUACAUGUCAUUGAAUGAAACAUUUAGCCAGAUCUGUGAUUAUGGUGUAUCCGGUAUACUUAUGGCACCAGUUGUUAAUGAUAAAGAAUGGCGUUGUUUUUUUGUAUCCUCAAAAUUUGCCAGCUAUUCGUUACAACAUUUGCUCGAAUUACUCAAUCAAGUAAUGACCAAUUUUCUUCAUGAUGAUCAUAAAUGUCAAUUAUUCGAUAUAGAUGACAAUAUUAAAUCAUCGAACAACAAUAGCCAUAAUCAGAUUCUAUUUCUAAGUGAUCAUAUGGCUGAAAUUAUCGAAUUAGUCAUGAAUCAAAUAUUGCUUGGUGAUAUGAAUCGAUUAUCAAAUGCAACAUCAUUACAAGAUAUCAUCUGUCAUUCGAAUCUAAAUUUUAAUAUUUUCAGUGAACAUCGAGCUUUAUAUCUGGAUAUUCGUAAUGCUUUAUGUGGACUACCUACACAAUUUGCAAACUGUUUUCGUUUGACAAUACCACAAAAAUGGAUUGAAGCUUCUGAUCAUUUGAAUUUUACCUGGUAUACACAAUCAUUGGCUGAAUUAUCCAGUAAAUCAUCAUUUGUUGAUGCAUAUCGUAGUGUUUAUCGUUUUCUAACAUUAUUUGGUCAAUUUUCGCCACGUUUUAUGAAUCGAUUAUUAUCCAGAUUUCAAUCAAAUAAUAAUGGACAACAAUUCGUUCAGGAUGUAUUGAAACGAAUGAAUCGUAUGGAACAAUUUCGUGGAAAACGAUUUACUUAUGUUAUGCAAUCAAUUUCAUUAGAGCUAUAUGGAAUUUUAUUCACCAAUGGUAAAGUUCCUCAUGUACCUAUUCAUAAUGAAGAAAAACGUGAUCUUAUGAUGGCAUUAAUAUAUGCUCUUAAUGAAUUACCUGUUCGUUUACGGCAACGAUAUAAAUUGGGUGGUAUUCAUUUUCGACAAACAAUCAACUUGAAUAACAACAACAACAACAAUGAUGAUGAUGAUGAUGAUACUCUUCUACAAGUGGAUUUAUUGGAUUCAUUACUUGAUUGGAUUGAUAGCCAUCUGUUGACUGUUACAGAGAUGGUGUUACAAACCAUAACAUUAGAUCGUCAACGAUUAAAUCGGCUAUUUAUCAAUAAAUUCGAUACAGUAUCUGUAUGGCGUGCAUUUUGUCGAGCACCAAUUAGCCAAUAUUUUAUUGUUGAUAAUGAAAUUUCACCAUUGUCUCAUAAAGCUAAAGAUGAAAUCUGUUCAAUGGAUUUUAAUGCUGUUUAUAAUCAAUGGUUUCGAAGAGCUCGACAUUAUCUAAGCAAUUAUAGUAACCAUGAAUUAAUCGGAUUACUAAUGACCGAAACAGGAUCCACUAUUGAUCUGAUACUAAACGAUCCCAUCUAUAAAAAUGAUUUACUCAAAAUGAAUGAUUGGCAAGUAAUUAUGACCAAAUUGAAUCGAUUAAUGGAUCAUUCAGAAGAUAAUAAUGGCUCAAAUAAUUAUAAUCAUAAAAUCCUAUUAUCGAUUGAAAAUUUUCUUCAUGAAUUUUUAUCACCAACUACAAUAGAAUCAAUACAUCGAAUCAUUGUCCACUUGAAAUGUGGUUUGAAUGCCGUUCCAUUGCAAGGUUUAAAUUGGGAUAUCAUACCGAAAGUAUAUGCCAAUAAAACAGAUGUGAUGGCUUUAUAUUCAACAUUCAAUUCAGCUUUCACAUUGGCAUCAGUUGGAUUGAAUACAUUUUUAACACAAUCCAAAUUCUAUAAUCACAUUCAGUUGUCUCUGAAAUAUGGUGGUCAUCGUCGUGGUUUUUGUCAUCUGGAAAAUGAACAAGAAUUUCAAGAAGUUUUUGCUCUGGUUCCACAAUCAUCGGCUAAUGAAAUAUUAUUCGCUUUACGUAAUCUACAAACAUUGUUAUGUGGUCAAGAAUCUGGACAAUUCUGGAGAAAUCUUAAUCCCAUUUCACAAUGUUUAUGGUCAUCGAUUCAAUCAGCUGAAAGUUUUUCAAAUGAUUUACAAAAAAUAGUUCAACAUUUUCAAUUAGCAUUACAAAAUCGUAAAAUGGAUCUGUAUAAUGAUCGUGAAUCAAUUCCACCAAUUCUAGACACAAAACAAUGGAAUCGUUUUUUUAAAUGGUGGCAAGAAGAAAUUGGUCCAUAUCCAAAUAGUGGUCGUACUUUAACGAUGAUGAGAGCAUUUCAAUUGAUUGAUUCAUUAGCCGAUGGACAUGUUAUAUGGAAAGCAUUCUAUCGCCUUACGUUUUUAACAUCGGAAAUGUUUGCCUAUAGUUUACGUGCAUUACAAUUAACUGAUGCUAUGUAUCCAAUGCAACCGGAUAUGAAAUGGCAAACAAAUCGUAACAAUCGAUUAUCAAUAAAAGUAUCUUCACAUCAUCAAUCACCUAAAAAAUCAUUAUCAUCAUUACUUACAUCAACUGUAUCGAAUCUAAUAUUUCCAGAAGUUAAUCAUUUCAUUACAUUCGCCACUUUUCGUCAGCUUCGAUGGAUACGCCAUAUUAGUCAUUAUUUUGCACAACAUCCAGGCAUCUUACAUGAUGAACUAUGUCCAACAUUGAAUAAUUUCAAUAAUCAACGUGAUAACAAUUCUUCGUCAUCCUCGUCGGUGAUUGUUGAUGAAGAUUUCAAUGAUUUAUUAUUACUUUUAUGUCAUAAUCAUCCAUCCGAUUGGAUCUAUAGUCUUACGUUUAAAUCGAAUCUAUUCAAUAUUAAAGCAUCGCCAAGACCAAAAUUUAUUUCACAUCGUAAAAUACGUGAAAGAAUUGGCAAACUAACACAAGUGCUUGCUCGUAUGCUUGAUUAUAAUAGUGAUAAAAAUAAUCAAAAAUUGGAUCAUGUUAUCAGAUUUUUGAAACUCAAACAAUUGGAAUCAAUUGAAAAUGUAGCCGGUACUGGUGAUAUAUUGAUCGAAACAAUGUUAGCCACCAGUCAUCAGAAUAAUCGAACUGCCAUUACGUUUAAAGAAUUGUUACGAACAAGUUGGCAUUCUGUACCCACAUUAUUGGAUGCUGUUGAUCAAUACAUCUGUAGCUAUAAACAAAUGGAUCAACCGAAAAAUAAUCAAACAAUCGAUGAUACGAUGGAUAUAGAAUUUCGAUAUCAACCAAAAGCACCAGAUAUGAAAGUGGUCAUGUGUGAAAUGCCUGGUUGGAAUUUUGAUCAAGCAUAUACUUAUCUAUCGAAACAUUUUGAUUUGAAAAAUAUGUUGGCUGUGUUUGCUGCAUCAUCUGAUGUUGUUGUUGUUGCAAACGAUUCUCAUAAUCGAUUGUCAUCAUCAUCAUCAUCAUCAUCAUCAUCAUCAUCAUCAACAUCGAAAUGUCGUACACAAUGUGUCACACCACUUCGUUUUCUAUCUCGUUGGAUCGAUGUUGGCCAGGAUAUAUUCCGACAAAUGUAUAGUAGCUCAUUUUGGUCGGAAUUAAAAUCUUGUCGUAAACGUCGUCUUAUUUCAUUAUUAGCAUCGACAAAAUCUUCCAAUACAUUCCUAUUGAGGCAUUCAUUAAGAUAUGUACGUUUUAUGAACAAACUAUUGACAACGAUCGAUAAGUUUUCCCAUGAAAAUAAGGGCGUUUCAUGGAAUAAUGUUCGACAGCUAUGGCAAACAUUUAGUUUUUUCAUUUUGAAUCAAGUACCAGCAUAUGUUCCAAUCACUGAUAUUGUACGUGAUGAUGUUAAUCUACCGGAAUAUCUGAAUGCAACUCUUGAUCGAAUAUCGACAUUAUCACGUUCAAGAGCUAAACAGGCCAUCCGUUUAUUGACCGAUUCAAUGUUGGAUGUGAAUGCAAUUUCAUGGCAUAAUUUCAGUAAUAUUGCUCUCAAAGAAAUGAUCUGCAAACAAAAAGAAUCAGUAAAAUUUUUGGAUUCAAAAAAUCAUUAUUUACCCAUUAUUGUUAAAUUAUCGGCAAAUCAAACAACACAAUCGAAUAUUGAUACUUCUGAACAGGAAUCUUUGUAUGAUACAUUGUGUCAUAAUAACAAUCAUCUGAUGCCAAUUAUUGAUUCUUUAAUGGCUAUCAUUGAUCAUGAUUCAGUUACAAAUCGUUUGUCACGAUUACAACGAACAGAAUUGGCUCGUUCUAAUUGGAUCAAUGAUGUAUUGAUACCGGAAUUGACUGAAAUGUGGACGUCUGGUUUACUGUUUGAAAUUGGCAAUAAAAUGGGCAUUAUACAUCAGCAAACAGAUCCAUCAAAAUCGGAAAGCUCUAGCCAAAAAGGAAUUAAUCACUUGUUGAUAUCAUUUGUAUCGAUGACAAGAGCACGAAAUUUCAAUACACUUUAUGAUACAAUCAAACAGGCGGUUGAAAAAUUAUCACCAAAAUUUCAUCAAGGUGCCAUUGUUGAUUCAUUGAAUCGUAUAUUGGAUGGUCUUCAAAGUCUUCGGCAACUAGCUGAACAUGGUCUUUUUCAGAUUAAAUAUCAAAUUUCUGAUUUAUUGGUCAAUGCUGAUAAUGUCAAAAUAUUUUUAGAGAAAAAUCUGGCCAUCAAUCGAUCUUGGGUAGAACAAAUAAUGAACGCAUCGAUUGAUUUAAGUGAAUUUAUUCAGAUGUCUGCACGAGUUCGAUUUGAUUCCAGCGCCUUCUGUAAUCAAACAUUAUUGUAUGAUGAAUUAAAAUUACAAUUGCCAGAUGUUGAUAGUGAUGACAUAGAAGCAGCAGCAGCAGCAGCGGUUCCUAAUGGUCAAUUAGUCACCAAUGUUCUUUGUACACUGAGCGUGACUGAAGAUUUCAAAUUCAAUAAUCAAAUCCUCAAUCAAUUGGUCAUACGUCGAUUAACAUUCAAUAUUGUCAAUCUAAUACAAAAUAGUUUAUUGAAAAAAGCUAAAAUCGAUAGUGAUCAAAUACCGAAAGCAUUGAAUGCCAUAAAAGCUUCAUCUGAAGCAAUGCCCUAUGUUAAAUCAUAUAUUAAAAAUAUGACCAUGUCAUUCGAUCAUCUGGAUGAAUCGAUCACCAGUACAAGCCUGCAUAAUCUAAGCCUAUCGUAUGCAUCGGAUUUGAUUGGAAAAAUUGUCUGUGGUGGUUCGAAUCCAUCAUUGAAUCGUGAGAUUAAAUUACUCAAAGUUAAAGUACAACAACCAAAAAUUUUAUCAGCAAAUGAACGAAAUGCUUUCAGUUCAGAUUUUUGUCUCGAUGGUUAUAGACAAAUUAUGCAAAUUCAAGGCGGACCUGUCAUAUGGAAUUUCCUAAAACCAAUAUUAGUGGGUAAAAUUUUAUACACACCAAAAGCACCGAUUACCGACAUGAUAAUGGUUCAAAUGAAUUCAACAUUAAAAUUUAUGCCACGAAUGGUUGAAAUGCUUCAUGCAUGGGCACAAACAUUAUCCAAUUUGGAAAGUUUUUAUCAUCAAUCCGAUGUUAAUAAUCGUAUGAAUCAUGUGAAACAUUUAAUCCAAUCGGUUUUCAUCAAUGGAGAAGCUGAUGGUCUUUUCAACGAUUUCGAUACAUUCGAUUUGAUUGAAAAAUUAAUAAAAUCUGGCAAUAUAUUGGCCAUUGUCAAAUUGAUUGGCCAAGUUGCCAAUUGUGCUUCAUUUGAUCGUUUUGUCGGUGUAAAUGAUGAAAUUGAAUUGGAAGAAAUGGCUAGAAAUCUAACUAGAUCACAUCAAUUUAUAGCUGGUAUUGUGUUUGCUGGAAAACAGCAUGAUUAUUUAAACAAACAUACAUUGCCCAAUAAUAUUGAAUAUAAAAUACGAAUUGAUAUUGAUUUUGUACCAUCAACAAAAGCAUUGAAAAGUCGUAUAUGGGAACCAGGUCCACGUGAUCAUUAUCUUGAUGAUAUGCAAUAUUUACAUGGUUUUGUUCAAAUUCAAGAAAUGAUUGAUCGUUCAAUAAUGGCAUUAUUAACAAAUCAAACCAAUCAUCAACGGCGAUUACCUAUCGAUCCAGAAGUACAUCUUCAACAACAACCAUAUCUAUGUUAUGGUAGUGAUAAAUAUGGAAAUUAUAUACGAUCAUUAGCUCCAUUAAUUACAACAAUGGCAUGGAUAUUUUUGAUUGCCUAUCUGAUUCGUGAACAUGUUUUGGAACGAGAAUUACAUCUGGAAGAAGUAAUGCGUGUUAUGGGUUUAAAAUCAGGUGUUGCAUGGCUUACCUGGUUUAUAUUGGGAAUAUCGAUUAUGGCAUUUGCAACAAUAUGUGCAAUAUUACUUCUUUUUGUUGGCCAAUUAAUACCGGCUUCUGAUCCGAUACUUCUUUUCCUGUUUUUGGUAUUCAAUGUAUCAUUGUUAAUGUUUUGCUAUAUGAUUAGUUCAUUUUUUCGUACUGCUACAAUUGCAGCAUUAUCCGGUAUUGUCGCAUAUUUGGCUUCAUUCCUACCGUUUAUGGUAGCCAUUACAUUAGAGAAUGAAAUGAGUUUUACACAGAAAAUUUUCACCUGUCUAUCGAUGUCGACAUCAUUUUGUUUCGGUAUGAUGUACAUGACAAGAUUUGAAGUUCAAGGUGUCGGUAUGCAAUGGAACAAUCUUUGGCAUAGUCCAAUGCAAGGUGAUACUAUGAAUGUUGGUACAGCUAUUAUUAUGAUGGCCAUCGAUUCUGUAAUCUAUUUUAUAGUGGCAUGGUACAUUUCACAUGUACAUCCACCUGGCAAUAAUGCACGAAGAUAUCCAGCUUUGUUUUUUCUUUCGUUUUCAUAUUGGAAAAAUGAUUUCUUACGUGCAUUUGGCUUCGGUGAAGACCAGAAUUCAUCAUCACCAUUACGUGUCAAUCAAAUGAAUCAUCAUCAAGAUUCAUUAUCAUAUAGUAUGGAUAGAUAUGAAGAUUGUCAUAAUAAUGAUCGACUAGGUGAUAAGAUAAACGAUGUAGAUAAUACUUCAAUCACAUUGGAAAAUGAUGAUGCAUUUAAUAUUGUCGAUCCUGAAGAAUGGAAAUCAUUGAGUAGUAAAACAUUUUUUAAUUUUCAUCAUGAUGAUAAUACCAUGAUUGCUGAUGGUACAUUGAAAACUGUAUCGGGUACGUUGAAGAAAGCCAUUCAUCAUCAUAUGGAUUGUACAACGUUAACACGAAAAGCCAGUCAACAAUCAACUCAUUCAUCAACGACAGCAUCCACAAUAAGUCAGAAUCCAUUAGGAAUGGAAAUCAAUGGACUUUAUGUUAUCUACAAUGAACGAAGUAAUAGUUUAAAACAUAUGGCUGUAUCAAAUUUGAAUCUUAAUUUGAAAGAAGGUCAAAUAACUACAAUAUUGGGAAGAAAUGGAGCUGGAAAAACUACCACAAUUAAUGUACUUACCGGUCAAAUGCCACCAACAUCAGGUACUGUCACAAUAUAUGGUUAUCGAAUACCGGAUGAUUUUAGCCAUGCUAGACGUUUACUUGGAUAUUGUCCACAAUAUAAUACAUUAUUUGAUGAUUUGACCGUUCGGGAACAUUUAUUAUUUUUUGCUGAACUGAAAGGUUUGCUUCAGGAUUCAAAAACCAUCGAGCAUGAUGUGAAUGAAAUCCUACACAAUAUGGGUUUAUGGAAUCUACAACAUCAAAUGGCCAAACAUUUAUCCGGUGGCCUAAAACGUAGACUUUGUGUUGCAUUGGCUUUUCGUGGUGGUAGUAAACUAAUCAUUUUGGAUGAACCAACUGCCAGUGUUGAUCCUGUAGCAAGACGAAGAAUUUGGGAUUUAAUUGUUCAACAGAAACGAUCACGUACAAUUUUACUUACCACACAUCAUAUGGAUGAAGCAGAUAUUCUAUCGGAUGAAGUGGCCGUCAUUUAUCGUGGCAAAUUAUUAUGUAUUGGUUCACCAUUAUUACUUAAAUCUAAAUAUGGAUGUGGUUAUCGAUUAACGGUUUCUAGACAAGGUGGUCUACUGGAUUGUGAUUCAAUUGCAAAUCUAAAUCAUAUCGAACAUAAUGAAGAAGAAGAAUCAAAUGUAAAUAGUUUUGAUAGCCGCGUAACAAUUCGUCCAAGGAGUGAAGUAGAAAAAUUGAUGGCAUUCACCAAAUGUCUUAUACCGAAUGCUUCAUUUGUUGAAGAUAACAAUGGUCAGGUUAUUCUUUCAUUGCCACAUUUAGAUGACCAUGGUAUAGCACAUGAUUAUGCUACAUUUUUUCGUUGUCUUGAUUCAAACAUACGUACACUUGGAUUUGGAAGUUAUGGAGUUACCAGUACGACGUUAGAAGAAGUAUUUCUUACACUUUGUAGUCUUGAAGAAUUAAACAUGCCAGUAGAUGAGGCAAAAUUGGCUGUAGCACGUCGACUAAGUCACCAGGCUACGGGCAGCGGAUCCUACAAUAGCCGGAAUACCGAUGAUCCAAUCCAAUGUUCAAAUACCAGACGACCUGAUAUUCAAAUAGAUACAGGUAUCCGAUUAAAAUCUCGACAAUUAUAUGCAUUAUUUAAGAAACGAUUCCUGCAUAUGAUACGUGAUUGGAAACUAUUGUUCUGUACACUGUUUUUACCUUGUUUAUUCAUUGCUUUCGCCAUGGCCAUGACAUUGAUCAAACCAUCGUUUGCUCCAGAUCCAGCAUUGCCAUUAGUACCACACAUAUAUGGCUCUUCGACCGUAUCAUUUUUGCAUAAUCAUCCUAGACAUGGUAAUUUCACUGAAAAAUUUCAUAUGAUUGAGAAAGAAUUAAUCGAAUCAAAUGAUAAUGAGCAAUCAGUUGUUGAUUGUAUGCGACCACGAGAUAGAUGGCGUACAGCUAAAUGUCCUAUUAUGAAAAAUAAAUUUGAAUCACCAUUGCCUUUACAUCUGAUUACAUUGAAAGGCGCUGCUUGGCAUCGUAAUUCAAGAUCAUCAUGUAAAUGUCCAGAUUGUUUUCAUGAUAUUCAUACAAUGUCACAUUUUAUACCAAUGCCACAACAAAGCUCUUAUGGUUGGAUCUAUAACCUCAGCAGAUUGAUUGAUAUUAAUCAAUUUUUAUUGCGAACACAACCCGAAUUUAUGGAUCGUCGUUGGGGUGGUUGGAGUUUUCGUUCACUGCGAUCACAACAUCAAAAACAACUGUCUAAAAGACGAAUUAUUAAAGUUUGGUAUGAUAAUAAUGGAUUUCAUGCUAUGCCUUCCUAUUUGAAUGCCAUCAACAAUGCAGUGCUUCGUGCCAAUUUAAAAGCUUUGGGUCAAACGAAUAGUUCAUAUCGGAUAACCACGUAUUCACAUCCAUUACAUGUACGAUCCAAUCAAUUGGGUGAUCAAUCGGUUAUGCAACAGGCAGGUGAUGCAGGUAUUGCCAUCAUUAUAUUGGUUGGAUUCAUUUUCAUACCAACCAGUUUUGUAUUCUACAUUGUACGAGAAAGAAUUUGUGAAGAGAAACAUUUGCAGAAAACUUUUGGCGUUGGUCCAAUACUGUAUUGGUUAUCUAGCUUAUUCUGGGAUCUAACCAUAUUGAUUAUUGCUAUCGGAUUUGCAUCUGCAAUUAUUGGUUUCUUUCGUUUACCGAUCUAUAUGUCACGUUUGAAUUUACCGGCCAUCCUAAUGCUUUUAUUCUUUUUCGGUUGGGCUAUGAUCAAUCUAGUUUAUUUGAUGGAAAAAUGUUUCAAUGAACCAAGCAUUGCAUUCAUGGGUAUCUAUUGUCUUUCGUUAUUCAUUGGCAUACAUACGAUGGUCAUGCGAUUGAUGAUUGAUGUUUUUAAAUUAAUUGAAAUCACACCCACUAUAUAUCAAUGGUUCGAGAAGAUUGCAAUAUUUUUACCACCAUAUCUAUUACUUAGCGGUAUUGUUGAUGUUCAUCGUAAUCAAUUAUUUGCUGAUAUUUUUAGCCUGUUUGAUCAGGAUACCUAUGUGAAUCCAUUUUCAUUUGAAUUGUUGGGACGUCAUUACACUAUUUUUGCUGUACAAGGCUUGCUGUUUUUCAUCAUCAAUUUAGCCAUUGAAUGUGAUCUCAUUUGUAAGCUUAGUGCCAUAUUCAAAUUGAAUCAUCGUCGAUCAUUGCCUAGCGGGCUAGGCCAUCGUUCAGAUGAUCAGAAUGAAGACAGUGAUGUUGCCGAUGAAAGACGUCGUGUUCAUAUGGCAUUUGGCCUUCCAGUACCUGUACAAAAUUUUUCUUCUAAUUCACCAGAUUCCAGUCGAAAAGUUUCAUCGGAUUGUCAAUCAACAACAAGUUCCAUUUCGAGCAACAGUAUGACUUCACCAAGUUCCGAUAUACUUCGAGUAUUUAAUGUGACCAAAUUGUUUGAAAAUAUGUUCGGAUAUCGUAGUGCUGUGAACAAUAUAACUUUCUCUGUGCCUAGAGGUGAAUGUUUUGGAUUAUUGGGAGUGAAUGGUGCAGGUAAAACUACAUUGUUCCGUAUAAUAACCGGACAGGUUAAAGCUACGACCGGAGAAACAAUGUUUAAUGGCCGAAACAUACGUGAAGCAUUGGCCAAUAAUUAUCAUAAUGAAUCUAUUGGAUACUGUCCACAAGCUGAUGCAUUGGACGGUUUUCUUACACCGGUAGAACAUUUAACAAUAUAUGCACAUCUUAGAGGAAUACCAAGGCAUCAAGUUUCAAAGUUUGUGAAAGAAUCGAUUGAUAAAUUUCAAUUACAAAUGCAUUCAACAAUGCCCGUUCAAGCAUUAAGUCGUGGAAAUCGACGAAAACUUUGUCUAGCUAUUGCUAUGAUAGGCCGACCACAAUUGAUUUUGUUGGAUGAACCGACCAGUGGUCUUGAUCCGCAAAGUCGUCGACAUGUAUGCCAGAAUAUUCAGGAUGCUAUACGUGAUCGUCGUUCAAUACUGCUUACAUCGCAUAGUAUGGAAGAAUGUGAUAUACUAUGUUCACGUUUGGCCAUCAUGGUUAAUGGUCGAUUUAAAUGUAUUGGUAGUCCUCAAUACCUCAAACACAAAUUCGGUACCGGUUACAUCAUUACGCUUAGAUUAUCAGAAAUAAAGGCCAAUUUUAAUGAAGCCAUUGAAUAUAUCCAUGAGAAUUUUCCUCAAUCAAUUCUCAGGGCUCAUCAUCAUACAAUGUUGGAAUUUAAUUUGCCCACGAACGAAAUACUCUUGUCGACCAUAUUCCAGGUGUUACAAAGUGCCCAAUCAUUAUUGUCAUUACAGGACUAUUCGGUCAGUCAGACAACUCUUGAUCAGGUGUUUGUCACAUUUGCCAGCCAACAAGUAAACGAUUUCGAUGGCCAAGGGGAUGGAUCCAAUGAUAAAACUAUGACAAAUAACAAAAAUGACGAACAAGAUUGUCCAAAUUCGAAACGUUCUUCGUUUUUAAUGGCACAUGAUGCUAGACAUCAGAUUAAACGGCAUGCAUCAAUGUUGGUAUCAUUGUGUCGGGAAUCGCCUUGUACUAAAUCGACAGCCGCAUGCAAUAACAAUAAUAUUAAUCAUCAAACAAUGAAAGCUUCCAUUCCAUGGCAAUCACAGCAUCGACAUGCAUCUCUUGGUGCUGAUCGAAGAAAUUCGCCUUUGGCAUCCAAAGUUCUACACAGGCGUCAAUCGAUUGAACACCAACAGCGAAUUAAAUCAAAAUCUCCAACCUCAAAGAUAUUGGACACGGUUGAUUUGAAUGCACAUUCUAUCAAGACAAAUUUUAUAAUGAAUGGAAAAAACAAAUUAAUGGUCAAUAGAUUAGUCCAUAGACAUAGUUUUCGAGAUUCCAUGCCAUCUAUCAUUUGGAGGGAUCAUCAUUAUCAUCGCUAUCAUCAUAGGCAACCACCUACAAUUCCUACAAUUCACAAUGGCAAUAGUCAUCUCUAUCCAAGUCUAAUGUAUGAAACGCCUAUAUCAGCUUGUCGAUAUUGUACGAAUUCAACGCACAAUCAUUAUCAACCACAUCAUCAUCAUCAUCAUCAUCAUCAUCGGCAACAGCAAGUGACCAAAAAUAAAUCUAGACAUCGACAAAUGAAGCCAUCAAUCUGAUUUUUUUUCCCCAUAGAUUUACAUGUUUUUGUUAUUUGUACAAUUGCAAUUCAUCAUUAUAUAACUUUCAAUUUCUUUUUAUUAAAUAUGGUUUUCGUUGAA